AUGCAGACGAAACACUUCAUCACCGACCCAGUCCACCUCGUGAGCACCGCCCUCAAUUCCUUGACCAUCACCAAUCCUUCCCUGGCUUUCGAUGCCCAGAACAAGAUCGUGUAUCGCCGGCCUUCCAAAGAAGUGACAGAGAACCCAAAGGUCUCUAUUAUUUCUGGUGGUGGCUCUGGCCAUGAGCCCGGAUUCGCAGGCUUCGUGGGCAAGGGCCUACUCACUGCCGGUGUUGCCGGUAGUAUUUUCGCCUCGCCUUCUGCCGAACAGGUGCGACGAGCCAUUCUGACACGAGUUCCCACCGAGAAGGGUGUCCUCGUCAUCACUAUGAACUACACUGGCGAUGUCCUGAACUUUGGCAUGGCCGCCGAGAAGGCGAAAGCUACAGGUAUUGACACCGAGUUCUUCACCAUUGGCGAUGACGUAGGCGUGGGGCGGGAGAAGGGUGGGAAGGUUGGAAGAAGAGGUAUUGGAGGUGGCAUAUUAGUGCUGAAGUCCAUCGGCGCUUUGGCAGAAGCAGGUGGAAGUCUUCAAGAAGUAUACAACCUUGCCAAACAAGUCGCAGGCAAUAUUGUGUCUGUUGGAGCUUCCCUAGAGCAUGUCCACGUUCCCGGACGCGCCAUACCCGAUGCCAAUUCUGACGAAAACAUCCCAAGCGAAGAGAUCGAGGUCGGGAUGGGGAUCCACAACGAACCUGGUAGCCAUCGCGUCACUGCAACCCUGCCUGAACUCAUUAAGAUCAUCCUUGGGCAAAUGCUCGAUCCCAACGAUAAAGACAGGUAUUUCGUCGACAUCAAGAAGGGAGACAAAUGUGUGCUGUUCAUCAAUAACCUCGGUGGCGUGUCAUGUCUCGAAAUCGCAGGUAUUCUGAAUGAGAUUCACAAGCAGCUCAAGGAGGACUGGGACAUUAUACCUGUCCGUGUCAUCUCAGGAUCAUUCCUUACAUCACUGAAUGGUAUGGGUUUCUCCGCGUCUUUGCUUAGGCUCCAAGACACCGGACUCGGCAGUGGUAAGUCCAUGCUUGACCUGCUAGACGCGCCCUCCGAGGCUGUUGGCUGGUCAGCUGCCAUUUCGGCAGCGACCUGGGAGGCAGACAAUACCGCUACUGCAGACAGUCAUGCUGCAGCGUCGGGAGAAGCCAAAGCCAGCAAUCUUACUCUCGACCCAAAGAAGGCACAAAGUGCGCUCGAUGCCGGCUUCGAAAAGGUCAUUGCUGCUGAGCCGGAUGUCACUAAAUAUGACACCAUUGUUGGAGACGGGGAUUGCGGUAUUGGGCUCAAGAGAGGAGCUGAAGCGGUCCGGAAGGAAUUGGCGUCUGGAGACCAACCUACCGACGCAGUUGAGUUUGUCAACAAGAUCGUUGACGUGGUUGAGAACACCAUGGACGGCACAUCUGGAGCCAUUUACGCCAUUUUCCUCAACGCGCUUGCCCACGGGCUGCGGGAGCAAGAUACCGGGUCCUCGAAGGAAGUUGACGCCAAAGUUUGGGCUGCGGCACUGUCGUCCAGUUUGAAGGCCCUCGGCAAAUAUACGCCUGCCGCACCUGGCGACAGGACGUUAAUGGAUGCCCUGGUUCCCUUCGUCGAGACCCUAGGCAGCACUGGGGACGUUAAGAAAGCCGCCGAUGCCGCCAGAGAAGGCGCAGAAAAGACAAAGCACCUCAAGGCCAGUCUGGGAAGAUCGGUCUAUGUCGGAGCGGAGCAGGAGUGGAUUGGCAAAGUCCCAGAUCCUGGCGCGUGGGGUUUGCAGGAGUUCCUGGUCGGACUGGCUUCAGGUGUGUAG